AUGGGAUAUCCCACUUUUCAUUCUCGCGAUGUCGAGGCUGCUUAUCGCAAAAUCAUCUUGUUAGAAUACAACAAAGUCCAGAAAUGUGGUGACAUUGAGGUGUUAGCCCAUUCAUCAGGCCGAACACUUGGAGGUGCGAACUGGACGAUACGAAGUGGGUGUGAUGAUGUUGUUUAUGUCUCUGGUAACGACUUGAACUAUGGAUGUGUUGUUGACUGUAGUAAGGUGAUGAACUAUGUCCACCCAAUGAUUAUGAUCACGGACUCUGGUGGAAUUGGUCAGUGUCAGAAACACUUGGAAGGUGUUGUUCAAGAAAUGGGACGGAUUAUCAGUCGGAAAGGGUGUUGCCUUAUUCCGUUAGACUGUAGUGGUCGAACAGUGGAAUAUAUUCGAAUGAUUUUAGGGUGUUGCAACACUCCGAUUCUUAAAGAGGCGUCUUACCACUUCAUCAGCCCUGUCUCCGUCCAAAUACAAGAGAUAAACAAGACAAUUAUGGAAUGGGUCAGAAGCGGUGCAGACAUUUCCAAUUUCAGAAAUUUUGUGUUUCAAAACAACACUGAUAGGGUCAAACGCGAGAUCGACUCGGGAAGGCCGUGUGUUGUGUUUUGUACAAACAAUUCCCUUUCUGUUGGGAGCAUUAGUAGAGACAUCUUUAUGAAAAUUAGCAGAGAGAAUAGAAAUGGCAUUUUAUUCAUUGACCCACCUGAUGAGGGUUCAUUAGGGGACAAAAUUAGUAAGAAUGGAAUUACUGGAGUUGUCGAUAUUGACACAUGGAGGACAGAAGAUUACACCGACGAGGAGCGAGCUGCGCUUGAGAAAGAGAAAGAGGAGAAGAAAGUUGUUGAGAAGAGUGUUGAAGAAAAGAGCGAAGAGGAAAGUGAGAGUUCGGAAGACAUAAAGGUGAAUAUGUGGCAGCUUAAGACGGACGUGUACGAGGACGAGCUUGAGGAUGUUGGAGGGCUCUUCCCCUUUUUUGAGAAGAAGAAAGAGACUACCGUGUAUGGCGACGCGUCAUCGUUUAAAAUGGAGGUUGUAGCGGAGGAGGGACUUAUUGGAGCGUCCGAAGAAGAGGUCGACGAUAUAGAUGAAAUACCACGAAAAUAUAUUAAAGGAGGAGAUACCGUUACCUUUGUUUGCAGUGUCUUUGCAAGCGAUUUAAGUGGAGAGAUGGAGGUACGCAAAAUCCACUCAGUCAUCUCGAAAAUAGUUCCACGACACUUGGUGUUUUCGACACUUAUUGACGAGAAAGCACUGGGCUGGUACCAAACCAAUAUGACGCACACAAAGUUAUUUGGGUUUUCCAAUAAUAGAUUUGAGAUCUGCCCAAUCACACCAACGAAAACUGUAUUCAUCACUGACGAGCUGACCAACGUGUUGACACUUUCCAGGUUAAAGGAAUUUAAUUUGGGACCAAUUGAUGCUAAAGUUUCGGACAACGCGUUGGUCCCAGUGAAAAAAGAAGAACGCAGUCGACACACCUCUAUUUACGUCGGAGAGUUGCCAAUCAAAGCCCUAACAAAACAAAUCGAAGAGAGAGGAAUUGACGUCAAAAUCACAGAAGGUACCGUUGUGUGCGCGAAAGGCACAGUCACCAUUUCAAAGACUCCUUCAGAUGUGCCGAAGUUUGAAAUCAGAGGACGUCUCAACAUGGCAUUUUUACAAAUCAGGCGAAUUCUUGCAGAACAAUUUUCGGUGCUUUAA